AUGGCAGACUUUUCGGCAAGAACAGACAAGUUCAUAGCGUUCUUACAAGAGAAUGACGUCACCAUAUCACCUAAAUUGCAAAUCGCCGACCUUAGAGCCGCCAAUCAAGGACGUGGGAUCAUUGCAUUGGAAGACAUCGAGAUUGACGAAACCCUCUUCACUAUCCCCCGCACGGUCCUCAUUAAUUCCCUCAACAAUUCACUCGUACAGGACCAACCAGAACUCGCUGACAAACUCGCUGGUUUAGAGAAUGAAUGGGAUGCAUUGAUUCUCGUGUUGUUGUAUGAAUACAAACGGAAGGAAAGUAAAUGGACCGAUUACUUCAAUGUUUUGCCUGAUUUGGACACUUUUGAAUUCCACGAGUUGUUAUUCUGGAAUGACGAACAGCUACUGGAUUUGAAGCCUUCAUUAGUGUUGGAUCGUAUUGGCAAGGAUAAGACAGUCGAGAUGUAUGAGAGACUAGUUGCGAUUGUCAAUCAGUGGAACCUUGAAGAACUCAAGGGUAUGACCAUGGAAGAAUUCACCAAGAUUGCCACCAUCAUCAUGUCCUACUCUUUCGAUGUUGCCCAGGGUACAGAGGAUGAAGACGAAGACGAAGACGAUGAAGAAGAAGAAGAAGAAGUGGAAUACAUAAAGUCCAUGGUUCCAUUAGCAGACACACUAAACGCAGACACCCACCUUAACAAUGCCAUUCUUACCUACAACAAGAACCAAGAUCUCGUAAUGACAUGCAUUAAGCCAAUCAAGAAAGGCGAACAAGUAUACAACACAUACUCUGAUCACCCAAACUGUGAAAUUUUGAGACGGUACGGGUAUGUUGAAACCACAGGGUCCAAAUACGACUUCGGUGAGAUCCCCCUCACCCUAAUCACCAGUCAUUUCUCAAAAUCCUUGUCAGAGCAACUUGUAUUUGAUUUAUUGGAAAUAAUCACGGAAAUCUCGCAAGAAGAGCAAGAAGAUGACGAGCCGGAAGUCGUAGCUGAAUCGUAUGAUUGUUACUCAAGCAAAGAAGUCAAUCUUACCUUUGUAUUCCUUAUUCAACUAGUUACUAUAAUUGCAUUGAUCCACAAGCAAGAGCCAAUCACAGCUGAUAUUCAAAACAUUACCAGAAUAUACAAGAAAUGCUAUCAGUUGGUGGAAUCGAAAAAGGUGACUACCGAGUUUGUCAAGAAUUAUACUGAGAUCCUUCAAGCUAGAAUCAAUGAGUAUCCACCAAUUGCUAAAGAACCAUAUGACAAAGAGUUAAAGGAACCUUUGCGCAAGAGCAUGGCUGAAGUUGUUUUAAAGUCUGAAUAUCAAUCCCUUUCCAAUUGCUUAGACGUAGAUGCCACUUUAGCAAAUACUUUAGAUGGACUGGUCAAGACCAUCGACGACGACAAACUCAUCAGAAACAUCUUGAAAAAGAGAAGCAACGAAGAUAUAUCUAGCAACGCCAAACGUACAAAGAAUUAA